UUUCUUUCAUUCUUCAAUUUUCAAUCCAACUUUUCUUUUACUCUUAUCUUGAUUGCUUCUCUUUUUCUUUCUCCUGUAUCAACAACAAUAAUUUAUAGGAACUGCUACCAAGCACAAAAGAGAUAUGGCUGCUGCUCUUGUGACUCUCUUUGUCUUGACUUUUGCUGUGGCCUUGUCAAUCACUGUUGCAGAUCCUGAUUUGCUUCAAGAUAUUUGCGUCGCCGACCUCAAUUCCGCUACGAAAGUCAAUGGAUUCCCCUGCAAGGAAAAUCCAACAGAAGAAGAUUUCUUCUCAGACAUUUUGGCCAACCCAGGAAGCACAAACAACAGCUUGGGUUCCCUUGCGACAGCAGCCAAUGUUCAGAAAAUCCCAGGUCUAAACACUCUUGGUGUCUCACUUUCCCGCAUUGACUAUGCCCCAGGUGGCCUUAACCCACCUCACACUCAUCCUCGCGCCACCGAAAUGGUGUUUGUCCUGAAGGGUGAACUCACCGUUGGCUUCAUAACAACUGCCAACAAGCUCUUCACAAAGGUCAUCAAGAAGGGUGAAACUUUUGUGUUUCCAAGAGGGCUGGUGCAUUUUCAGAAGAACAAUGGAGAUGUGUCUGCUGCUGUUAUUGCUGCUUUUAACAGCCAGUUUCCAGGUACUCAAUCCAUUGCUCUCACAUUGUUUACUGCACAGCCAACAGUGCCUGACAAUGUCUUGACCAAGGCUUUCCAAAUUGGCACCAAGCAAGUUGAGAAAAUUAAGUCCAGACUUGCUCCCAAGUAGAGAAUGAGGAUUAAUUAACCAUUUCUAUCAAUGAUACAUUGCAUUAUACUUGGGCUUGUUUCAGUUUGUGACAUCAAAUUGGGUGGAGUUUGUAUUUCAAUUUCAAUCUCUGUUCUAUCAUAAUAAAACACAUGCUCUGUUUCCUGAUUCAA